AUGUAUAUCGUCAAAAGUUCCUUCGAAAGUGAUGUCUUUUCUGCUGAAUUGAUGAAACCCUACGAUAUCUACAACAAGGAAAUGGAAAUUUACCAGAAGAUCAUCCCCAAGUUGAACGAUUUGCUAAAAGAAAUCGGUGAUACGGAUAAGAUGUUUCCAGAAACUAUUGCUGUGGAUUGUAAUCGUUUAGCAAUUAUCUUUGAAGACCUCUCAGAACUUCGGUAUGCUAUGUGUGAUAGAACCAAGGGCUUGGAUAUUGAACAUGUAAAACUCUGUUUGAGAAAGCUAGCCAAGAUGCAUGCAACUUCUGCGGUCUUGAAUGAACGUGAGCCAGGAAUUUUUAAAGGUUACGAUCGUGGCUUGUUCAAUAGACACACAAACAAUUAUAGUCCGUACUUUGUGGGGCUUUUAGAAGCUUGUGGGAAGUUGGUAAGUCAGUGGGAUGAUUUCAAGGAAUAUGGUGAAAAAAUUCUGGCCCUAAAACCUAAGCUGAUGGAAUAUGGGAAUCAAGUCUUCGACCCUAUUGAUGGACAUGUGAAUGUUUUAGCGCAUGGAGAUUUCUGGGUUAACAAUGUCAUGUUCAAUGAAGGACUUAAUGACCAUCCAAAUGACGUGAUUCUGUUAGAUUUCCAAUACAGUUGUUGGGGUUCACCUGCUAUUGAUUUGCAUUACUUCUUCAACACAUCACUGAGAGAGGAAAUCCGAUUGCAUCAGCAGGAUGAACUUUUCCAAUAUUACUAUAACGUCUUUACAAGAACAUUGAAGGCUCUACGAUUCAAGGCUAAGAUUCUCAGCUUGCAACAAUUCCUGCUGCAUAUGGCAGAGAAAAGUUUUUAUGGAUGUUUGCUUCAAGCUGUUCAGAUAAACGAUCAAACGGACGAUGCUAAUUUUCAAACUUUGAUGAGCGAAGAUGAGCGGGCGCUGAAUUUAAAGAGAAUUAUUUUCCAAAACGAAGAAGUACAAAAGAAUCUUAAAAGGCUUUUACCAAUGUUUGAUCGUAAGGGUCUAUUGGAUGACAGAGAUUGA